AUGGCGCCCACCAACACCUCCGCGAUCUCCUCGCACCGCCCCAUCGUCAUCAGCGGGCCCUCGGGCUCCGGCAAGUCCACAAUGCUGAAGCGCCUCUUCGACGAGUACCCGGGCAAGUUCGGCUUCAGCGUCUCGCACACGACGCGCUCGCCACGCGCGGGUGAGCAGAACGGCCGCGACUACAACUUCGUGACCAAGGAGGAGUUCUUGGAUCUCGUGGAGAAGAAGGGGUUCGUGGAGCAUGCGCAGUUUGGCGGGAACCACUACGGCACGAGCAUCAAGGCAGUAGAGGACAUUGCAGAGAAGGGACAGGUUUGUAUUCUGGAUAUUGAGAUGGAAGGCGUCAAGCAGGUCGCGAACCACCCUUCAUUCCCUAAACCGCGGUUCCUCUUCCUUUCACCGCCGUCCAAGGAGGUGCUCGAGCAGAGACUGAGAGGCCGAGGAACGGACAAGGAGGAGGCCAUCGUGAAGAGACUCAAGCAGGCUGAGGCUGAGAUGGAUUUCGCCAAUAGUCCGGAGGCGCCGCACGAGAAGAUCAUUGUGAACGAUGACUUGGAAAAGGCGUACAAGGAGGUCAAGGAGUUCAUCGUUGGUGCGGAUGCUUGA